UGUCAAACUGACAACAUAGUUUUUUAAACAAAUGUAUUAAUACUCUAGAUAUUUUAAAAUGUUUAAUGAGUACUGUAGCAGUUCAGUGGUGAAUGCAUCAGUAAGAUAUUAAAUAGCAAUAAUAUUAAAUAUGAUAAACGAUUAGACAUAAAUUAUUAAGUUGGAAGGGUGAGGUUGACUUGAGUGGUUCACAAUGGAAGAACCCAACUAUGAAACGGAUAGUAUUACAUAAAUUUAUAUAAUAGAUUUAAGAAAAAAAUGUCCAAAGGCCCCGAUUUGGAUUCUGUUAACCCGGGCCUUUGGCCACAACAGGCCGAAGUGCUCAAUACUUUCUCCAAGAUGUGGUACCACGUCUUCCUAUGGGCCUUGUUUUCAUCUAUAUUAGUGCAUACGAUUGCAGGAUUAAUUGCAUUCUUAACUUUAAGGAAACAUAAAUUUGGUAAAUUUUUCCCGAUCGCAAUAUUACUCAUGGGCGUGAUAACACCCGCUGUAACAGGGAUUGUAAGCAGCGCCGCUAUCGCUUUCGUAUACAGAGCAUCGAGUUUACCAAUGAAUCCGCUUUAUGCCCUUUUUUGGGGCUGCGGUCAGACAGUCAUCACAGGUUGCAUGGGUUUUACAAGAAUUCUCGCCAUGCUUUAAGGAUGAGUGGCAAAACGGACUCACUAAGUGAUUUUUUAGAUAAUUUAAAAAUACAUAAAUGUGAUGGUGCUACAUGCAUAUAGUUAGAAUUGUAAUACAGAUUUUAUAUGAUUUCUAUAUAGUUUGUUUGUAAAUUAAACUUCGGUGUAUACAGUUAUAUUACGGUUAACUUUAUAAAACACGUAGUAAUAUUGUUUUGUAUAUAUGCACUGUACAAAUACUAGAAGAGUAAGAAUAUAAAUAAAGUCAUAUGCCUAAGUC